CGUGGAUCAUGAAGUGUGGUGUUCCCGCUGGUGGCCACGGGAGCGCCGAGCCGCCGGCUACUGUCUUUGGCAAGAUGAGCAGCAGUGGAAUCAAGGAUGUCCUGGAGAGCAACCAUGGUCUGUUGGUGGAAUCUCUCAGUCAACAUGCAAACAGCGUGAUCGAAAAGGCCAAGACCAUCUUGAACGUGGAGGAGCAAGAGCUUGUUGACAGCCGAGGAACCAAUGAGGAUAAAAUUUCAACGUUGCUGAAGAGACUGGCUACGAAAGAUAAUGACACCUGCAAGAAUUUCAUUGAAAUGCUGAUUAUCACGAUGCCCUGCAACUCGUUCCCCAUGUGUCUGGAGAACUCACUAAUGGCAUCUGGAGAAGACACUACUCACGAUUUAUACCACCUGGAACAGACGGAAACCAGUCCUGAUUUUACACAGCACUCUGAAGUAAAAUCAGGUGCAAAAGGUAUUGGUGGAAAUCCAAGAAAAGUCACUUUGCGUAAAGGAAGGAAACGAUCUCCAGGACGAGUCGAGAGCCUGCAUCGUGCUGUAGUGAAAAAGAGAAAAGCUGGUGAACAUAAGAAAGUAACAGCAUUGAAAUCACGUUCUACAACCAAGUCAACCCAAACCGUGUUAACCCCAGACCCUGAAGAAAUGGACCAAACUCUGCAUCAAUCAGGAGAUGAAUAUUUGAACUUGCCAGCAAUUUCAGAUUCUGCAGAGGACUACAGAGCAUUUAUGAUACAGACCAUCUCCCAGAAAUACGUAGCCAGUGCCUCAAAGGAAGAGAAAAUGAAACAAGUAACCGUUGCCCAGACGUUACGGAGUCUAAGCAUGAACAAACUCAAGGAGAGAAUCGACGCCAGCCGGGACGAUGUGCUUAGUUCACCUGGGGUUGAGGAGAAUGAGGACAUCCUUGCAAACCUAGCAGAGUUUCUCAACAAAAAUCGCAUUACAACUUGCAAGAUCAAUAUCCUACUUGGAAAAGCGGGAACUGGGAAGACCAAGUUGGUACACAAAAUUUGUUAUGAGUGGACUAAAGGAGCUGUCAGCCAGUUCCAGUAUGUAUUCUUGUUUGAGUUUCGUCAACUGAACUUAAUCAAUAAGAACAUUGACCUGAGGACCAUGUUAUUCGACUUGUUUCUCAAACCAGAAAGGAACGCCCAUGCUGUGUUUAGAUAUAUAGUAGGAAACCCACAGCAGGUUUUAAUUAUUUUCGAUGGAUUUGAUGAGUUUGCGUGGAAAUCUUCUGUCUGCACCUCCGCUGUUUCCAGCGAUCCCAAUGCACUACUGUCAGUGGGACAAUUAUUUUCCAGCUUGUUUAACGGGACGAUGCUCCCUGGAUGUACAGUUCUGAUCACUUCCAGGCCCAAAGACAUCCUCUGCUUGCCUUUGGAUGGUGUGGGUUAUGUGGGGGAAGUCUCGGGGUUUAACCAAUAUAAGAUUGAAGAAUAUGCCAGCCAUUUCUUUGAAAGCACUGAGCACCGUUGUAAGGCCAUAUCACACUUGGAAAAGAAUAGGAACAUUUUAAACAUGUGCUACAUCCCUGUCUUAUGCUGGGUUGUCUUCCUGAGUCUUGAACACUUGUUAUCUCAAAGUCACUUGGAACCCAAGCUACCUCAUACAAUGACUCAAUACUACAUCAAGAUGCUCACAGUAUUUUUAAGCAAAGGUGCCAAGGUUACAGAGGCCCCGGGCCAUGAUGAAAACUUGCUGCUCAACAAAUACAGGGAUGAGAUUCAUGGUUUGUGCAACCUUGCUGUAAAAGGACUCCGGGAGAGUAAGUAUUUGUUUUAUUUAAAAGAUCUACUUUCUGAAAAGGUCUCCAAGUUUGCUUCCUCAUUUGGAUUUCUUUCCACUUUCGAGGUGAAAACUAUUGACCAUAACCAAGAGAUCGGAUACGCCUUCGUCCACCUGACACUUCAGGAGUUCCUCGCCGCACUUCACCAUCUCAUCGACAGCCAGACGACGCACCAAAUGUUGAAAAGCAGGCUUUUCCUCAAAUCAAAAUGGGCAUGGAAGAUCGACGUGAAGCAUGAGUUUACGGAUGCUGUCCACGUGUUCCUGUCUGGCUUGGCUUCGAAAAGGUGCAAGCAGUUCCUCAGCGUCCUGGCAAACAAGAAUGAAACGUGGGUACAAGAAAAGCAGAAGGCUAUCUUGCUGAACCUGCGCAAGUUGGCCACCACCAACCUAACGGGGCCAAAAAUAAUUGAGCUAUGCCACUGUGUGUACGAGACACAGGACCAUGAGCUGGCACGUGACAUUGCCACACAGUUAAGGUACAAGUUCGAGCUGCGCAACUUCAGGCUCACGCCAGUGGACAUGACCGCCCUAACUUUCAUUAUAGAUAGCGGAACCAGCUCCGCCUCUGUGGAUAUUGGAGGCUGUGCCCUGGAUCUAGAAUGUGUCUCUGUCUUGGGCACUUGCAAGAACUUAGAAAUAUUAGUGUUCAAAUGCAGAAAAUAUGGAGACAAAUUUGCUCAAACUUUAUCUGAAGUUAUUCCCCAAAUCAGCGGCUUGAAGAAGCUAAUCCUUACAUCUUGCAACAUUGGUGUGAAGGGAGCAAGCCUCUUGUCUUCUGCACUACAGUUCUGCCAGCAGUUGGAAGAAAUAAAGCGAUCUGCUUGGCACCAUUGUGCUCACCCUUGCCUACUUCUGUUUAAUUCCAGCUUGCAUGAUAAUGAGCUGGAGGAAGCAGGGAUAGAGGCGAUCGUUAACGUGCUUCCUGAAAUGAGAAACCUGAGAAAAGUCGAGUUGGGUUACAAUAACUCCAGCAUUGAGGGUGUUCUUCAUAUUGCAAAUGUUUUAAGGACCUGCUCCAACGUCCUGGAUAUCCAAGUCAGUGACGGUGGUUUUAUGGCAACAAUUCGAUUUUUAACGGACUCAACACCCAUCCCAAUGGACAGGCCUCCCAAAUCUGUGUCUCCAGUGGAACCCGAAGGCAGUCAAGAGACAGUUCUAAGCAAUCUCAGUCUUGUGAAGUGCGAAUUAACAGAGAAACAUGUGCACACUCUCUGCACAAUCUUGCAACAUGGUCCUCAGCUGGCAUCUCUCGAUUUGUCUCGCAACGAAUUGAAGGACAACAGCUUAAGAAAACUUGUUGAAUUCCUUCCAGAGUUUCGUAUUUCUAAAUUAAUUAACCUCAGCAACAAUGAUUUCUCUGCAAAUUGCAUUCUCUGCUUGGUAACAGUGCUGAAGGAAAACCCCAACGUGCUGGAAAUAGAAGUGAGCCUGAAAUGUCCCCAGACUGUACUAAUUAAGUUUACAGAGCACCGUGAAGGCACUGACUGCAGAGAUGAACGAAUUGUCCAGCUGAUGGAUUUUAGACUGAGCAGCACUGGAGAUUCAAGGAGCAAACCAACACGGUUGAGAAAAUUAAGUCUGACCAGCUGUUGCUUUCAACCAAAGCAUUUGGAGGAAUUGAUCUGCACACUUGAGAAUUGCAGUGAUCUAUCAGAAUUAGACUUAUCUGAUAACUCACUUGGAGAUAGAGGGUUCAGCAAGUUAGUUGAGUUGCUACCAAAGCUGCAUGUUGGAAGACUCAUCAAUGUCAGCAAUAACUUCAUCACAAUGACUAGUGUCUUUUGCUUGACUAAAUGCAUGAACAAGAUCAGAAACCUAACAGAGGUGGCAAUAAGUUUGGGGAAGCGUGGAAAAGGAUUCAUCAAGUUCCAUGGGGAUCACAGAUUUCAAAAGGAAAGGAAAGAUGGAAAACAAGACUUAUGUCUUCCGAAGAAAAUAAGCCUCGAAGAGUGUGAAAUAGAUGGUGAGACCAUGAGGCAGCUCUGCUUGAUCCUUAAAACAUGUUCUGCACUUACAGAGCUUGACUUAUUAAAUAACGCACUGAGUAAUGAGGCCAUUGCUGAGCUGCUCCAUCACCUCCCAGAUCUGCAAGACUUGGAGACUUUGAAUAUCACGGAUAACAGCAUCCCAUCAGACACUGUUCUUCUGCUGGCAGAGUCUCUGAACUUCUGUGAAAAUGCUCAGGAAGUAGAAGUGAGAUCAAGUGGAAGAGCUUCAAUAAACUUUGCAAAGAAAGGUGGCAGGCUUGAAGGAAGCAGGAAGAAAGCAGGAGGUCCAUGCUCGAGGAUUCUCAGCCUGAGGGAGUGCCAUCUGCAUAAAACGAGUAUGGAACAACUCUUCAAGAUUCUUGAGCGCUGCAAGAACCUGGCAGAAGUAGAUCUGUCCUGCAACUUUCUCGAAGAUGAAGGAUUGCGGAGUCUGAGAGAUUUCUUACCAAAGCUGCACUUUUUGAAGCUAUUAGAUGUGAGCAACAACAGAAUCUCCCCAACUGGCGUCCUGUACCUGGUGGAAUCUCUCAAUACAUGCAAGAAUGUGGUGGAGGUUGAAGUGAGCUUGGCGUUAAAUGGAAAAUCUUUUAUAAAAUUUGCAACGAGGUGCGAAAAGAAGGUGUGCAGCGUGAAGGAAUGCAACUUGAAAGGGAAAGACCUGCUGAAAUUCUUCUCCGUUGUUGGACAGUGCACCCAUUUGACAGAGCUAAAGCUCACCAGCAACGCAAUGGGGGACGAAGACAUGAGAAACUUAGUGGAGGUCGUGGGCAAUCUCAGACACCUGGAGGAACUCGAUCUGCAGAAAAAUGGGAUAUCUCUCACUGCUGUAGAAAACCUUUUUGUGGCACUGAAAUAUUCUCCUAGAACACUAACAGUGAGGUUUGAAGAACAGUGGAUACAUGGUGCCGAUGCUGUUAAUCUUGUCAUGAAAUGUGUCCAAACCCAGCUGAACACUGCAGAAGUUAGGAUAAAGAAGAAUCAAGCUUUGAUAAAGCUGAUGGCCGAUGGCUGGGAAACCUCUGAUAGCACCAGAAUAUUCAAUGAGGUGACCUAUCCUUCCCUGGGGAUAAUCAGUUUGCAACAUUGCGGCAUGGAGGCACUCCACCUCGUACAUCUCUCAUCCAUCAUUAAACGAUGUCCCCAUCUAAUGGAGCUCCAUUUAUGCCAAAAUAACUUUGGCAACGAGGGGGCAGAAAUACUUGCUGAAGUCCUUCAGGUUGUCCGGGGGCUGAGGAAUCUCAGCCUGGAGUCGACCAACAUGAGCAACACAGGGAUGAUGACACUGAUGGCAGGUCUUUGUAAAUGCCACAGCCUUGAGGAGCUAGACUUGUCACACAACGAACUGGGGGAGGAGAGUGUCAGUGAACUGGGAAAAAUCCUUCCGUGCUUGGAACAACUGAAGAUAAUCAAUCUGAAGUCUAACUCCAUUGGUUGCAAAGGGGCAGCGGAGCUAGCAAAUGGACUGAAAUACAGCACUGUAAUGGGAGAAAUCAAUUUGUCAGACAAUUGUAUGGAGAAUGUGGGAGCAAUGAAGCUGGCUGACGUACUGCCCAUUAUGAAGAGCUUGAAGAUACUGAACCUGACCCAAAACAACAUCACAGCAAUUGGUGGACAGAGACUGGCGGAAGCCCUCAGACAGUGCCCAUCAGUGGAAGAGGUUGAUUUGUCCAGGAACAAGAUUGGCGAUCAAACCGCAAUGGAGUUAGCCAAAGCCCUUCCAAAGAUGCUUCAUUUAAAGAUUCUGAACCUUCACUGCUGUGGCCUUGGUACCGGUGGUGGGUUAAGCCUGGCACAGGGCCUUGUGUUGUGCCCAACCCUCCAAGAGAUAAGCUUAGCUGAAAAUAACAUUGGGAAUGAAGGAGUAUCGGAGCUUGCGCUGGCACUGAGAAGCUUGAAGUCGUUAAAGAAGCUGAGCCUCCAGUUGAACAGGGUGGAUAACAGCAUGGCCAAGGAGCUUGCAACGGGGCUUGUUUGCUGUCUCGCUCUUGAAGAGGUCAUUUUGUCCUGGAAUAACAUCAGUGACGAGGGGGCAGCCUGGCUGGCCGAGGUUCUGCCCAGAAUGCGGUGUUUAAAAAACCUAGACCUGGAAGGGAACAAAAUCACGUCAGCUGGAGCCGAGAAGCUGGCAGCUCGGCUUUGGCAGUGUUCCUCGAUUGAGGUCAUUCGAUUGUGGAAGAACAAUAUACUCAAGGAGAGAGCUCGGAGCCUUUGGGAACGAGACUCAAGACUACAUAUCUUCCCGGUUUACAGCAGUGCUCUAUAACACUGCGAGAUCUUUCAAAUUUAAGUUAAGAUUCUAACCUUAAAAUAUGAACCCAAUUCCUGUCCCAUCCAACUAAAUGGAAAGUUUCACUUAGUUUCCCUUGACUCUGCACAUACAGUGUUUACAUGGAAUAUUAUUUGCACUAAUUUCAAUAUAUUUAUUGAUUUUAUUUUAACAUAUUUUUACACUGCUGUUGUCAAAAGCUAUUUUGCACUGAAGCAAAUAAAUGAUAUUGUUUAUUUAA